AUGUCAAACCAGUCUGGUAUUCUAGCUGACCAGAAUCUCUUGGAUUUGCUGAGCAACCCUGACUCGAAUGAAGUCUUUGCUAUCACAGCUCAGAUAUCCAAGGAUGCCACUGCGGUUCAAUUUAGUGCGAAAUACAGUUCACUCGAACAGGUUAUAGAUAAUUUGGCCGAAGAGCCAUUAUAUGUUUUCAUCAGAGGCACACUUGAAGACCCAAAGCAAUAUCAUUUCAUUUCGUAUGUUCCUGACUCCUCGCCCGUGAGAUCCAAAAUGCUUUAUGCAUCAACAAAAAAUACAUUGGUCAGGCAAAUUGGUACUAGCGGCAUCGGUAGACAAUCGCUACUUACAGAUGCAAGCGAAUUGCUCCAAGUCGUCGACGAGCGGAACGCCCAGGAGGCGUCCGUUCUAACUGAGUCCGAGAAAGCGGACAUUGAGAUCGCCCAGCAGCAACAGCGGCUGAAGGCUUCUGAGUACUAUCCAAAUGGAAGAAAGCUCGUAUCUCAAACGGACGGGGUGCCAAAAUCCUUGGCUUUUCGGGUUAAAACUGGAGAGGGGAGUAUCGCGGAGCUAAUGAAGAAUUAUAACGUCAUCUCAUUCAGAAUAGAUCUAGCUAGCGAGCAGAUCCAAGUAGCUGCGAAGUAUAACAUCGAUUCGCCUCGUAAGGUGGAAAUAGUGGAAGAUCAUCCGAGUUACGUUAUCUACAGAAACGGAAGUCUGUACUAUUUCAUUUAUUGUUGUCCAUCAGGCAGCAAAGUGAGAGAUCGCAUGGUCUAUGCCUCUAACAGGGCUGGAUUUAUCAAACAUUUGAAAGACGAAGAUCAUCUAGAGCUCGCCAAGAUUAUAGAGAUCGGCGACCCGGAAGAGUUGGAGCUUUCGUCCCUUUCGCCCUCCACUCCGGAGGCACUCGCAGCGGAAGAUGCAGAGUCAAAGUCUGCCUCAGACGUAAAGUUCAGCCGGCCUAAGGGACCCACAAGAAAGAGAAGAACCUGA